CAUUUCUCAGUUUUCUUCUAAUUCAAUUUUGUUUUUCUUCUAUCCAAUCCCCCAAAAUGGUAAAACCCAUCAGCGUGUUGGCAUCCUCCAUUACACAGAGAGAAAACCCGUGUACAUAAAUACAGAGGAGAACAGCUCAACCAGAUACACGAAAACUAAGAGAAAGAGUUUGAGAUUAAUUUUGUUCUGUUACUAAUUUGAAUCCGCAAAUGGUUGAGAUAUAUACGAUACCUAUCUGCCAAUAGGAGAAGAAGAUUCAGAAAUCCAAACCCUAGGAGAAUAUCAUUUAUCAGAUUUGAUUCAGCCUGCUUCAGGUGAUCAUCCCUAACAAGCUUCUGUUUCUCACAUCGUAUCUGACCUGAUUAUCGACUUUGCUUCUUCCGCUUCUGGAUCUAGCUUUAGAUGUUUAAUCAAUUUAUUUGAUUACAUUAACAAAUAUCCUGGAAGGCUAGACGUCUCGAUAAUCAUUUCAUGGAGCUCAAGGUUUCUCCUGAAAAACCAGGAUUUUCAUCUUCGGAUGUGGCCAGUGAUCCUGAGGAUAAAGUGAUCAGUGACGGCGAGGAUGAGGACGAUGACCGUAAUCACAAACACCGUAGGCGGGAGGCAAAUUCACAUUCUCUGGAAGAGGACUCUCUCGAUCAGGGUUUAACAAGACCGUAUAAAAAAAGGAACAGGCCUUUUGAGAAUGGUUUUUCAUACAGGGAAGAUGAUCGUCAAGCAGGUGAAACCUGGAAGAAUUACGAUAAUGCUUCAGGUAAAGACUUCCCCUCGAGGUUUGAUAAAAGGCGUCUGAACCAAGCCUCUAUCUCCAAAUCUCCCCUAGAAUUGCACCAAAGAGUUAGGGGUAGGGGAAGGGAGCCUAUUUCCUGGGGCGUACAUGACUCGAGGCUUGGUUUGGCUGAUAUUCCAUCACAAAUUGUUCAGCCUGGGUAUGUUCCUUCUGUUUUGUAUGCCGGGAGAGGCUUGCCCAAUGUUUCUAACACACCGAAUACUUCGUGGAAUGCAUUCGGAUUGGUUCCAGGCAUACCUAACGGGGGGUUUGACCCACUUCAGCCCCUAGGUCUGCCAGGGGUACUUAGACCGGCUAUUAAUCCUGCAUUGAACAUUGGACUUCCAAGGCAGCGGUGUAGAGAUUUCGAUGAACAUGGUUUUUGCCUGAGAGGAGACAUGUGUCCAAUGGAACAUGGAGUUAAUCGUAUUGUAGUUGAUGAUUUUCAGAGCCUUUCACAGUUCAAUCUCCCUGUUGCUCCUGGCUCACAGCUUCUAGGACCAUCUCCCGGGCAAGGAGCUUUACCUGUAAAUAACAAAAGUUUUCGCGCAAGCAUUAUCAAGCCCCGAACGAGUGAAGAUGUUUUCGGACCAAACAGUGGUGCUGUGGGAGUUUCCACAGAGGGAGCAUCUGAUGUGUAUGAUCCAGAUCAACCUUUAUGGGCGAAUAAUGACCCAGAAGCAUUCCGUGCACUGAAUCAAUCAACUGCUGACGGAACUGAGCCUUUAUUGGAUGUUGAAUCCUCCAAUUGGCCAAAGAUUGAAUCAACUGAAGAGCUUCCUCUAAAAAAUGUCACCACCUCUGGAUCUCAAACCCCGUCUGUGUUGGGAGGGGUAGGUAGCUUAAAACGUAAUUCCAAAGCAAAGAACAAUUUUGGUGCUGUUGGACCAUCCUCAAGUUAUCUUGAACGAGACAUCAGAAGUGCUAAAGCACUAAACAGUGAUGUUUCUCAUCAAGGAAAACAGUUAAAUGCAGUAGAUGGGGAUAGUCCUCUAGUCAAGGAAUCAUGUCUCAAGCAACAAAGUGAUUCUGCUCACAAUAUUCGAAGACCGUCUCAGAAGGCACUUCGUACUGUAUUUGUCAGCGGCAUCCCUCUGAAAGAUAAUAGAAGGGAGGCUCUGCUUUCGCAUUUUCAGAAAUUUGGCGAAGUAAUUGACAUAUAUACCCCUGCAAAUAGUGAGCGGGCAUUUGUUCAGUUUUCUAAAAGAGAAGAAGCAGAAGCAGCAUUGAAGGCGCCUGAUGCAGUGAUGGGCAAUCGAUUUAUCAAGCUUUGGUGGGCAAACCGAGACAAUAUUCCUGAUGAUAGGAUAAGUGGUAAUGGUCCCGUUCCAGUUAUUCGUCGUGGGUUGACUAAUCGCGCCCCUUCUCGUCCAUUUGUUCUUGAUAAAGAACAAGAAAAUCCUCUGGUUGCAAGUGCCAAAGAGGGUAACAACCAUGCUUCUGUUACUCAACUGCCAGUUCAUGAUCACCUUAAGGCUAUGGCUGUUAAUGGACCCAAAGCCCCUCCAACACAACAAAAGAAGUUGGAAAACUUAGAGCUUUUAAAAGAACAACUUCGUAAGAAGCAGGAGAUGCUUGACCAGAAACGAAACGAGUUUCGGAACAUGUUAGACAAACUCGAGAAACAAGCAGUAGGUUCCAAGGAUGUCACAUUAACUGAUCCGAGUACCGAGGGGCUUAAAGACGAGACACCACCUAAUUGUGCUAAAGCUGAAACUUCCAAGUCAUUAGGAAGUGAUAACAUAAAAACAGAGAAUGCAAAUUCUGCUGGGUCAGCUGUUUUGCAGAAGUCCACUGCAAGUGCAAAUGUGCAUGCUCGGGAACCUUUGAAACCUGCCUUUUGGCAACCUGCACUUUCUGGAACACCUUUCACAGUAAACAAAUUCAAGCUGGACAAUCGGCCCACAACAUUCAGGAUUAUUCCACCAUUGCCUGCAGGCCUUGCAAAUGUAGCUACUCUGGAGGAGCACUUCUCUGCUUACGGAGAACUGUCUUCGGUGGAGCUUGAGCAAGAAGACACCAAAGAUGAUUCUAAACCAGCCACCAUUACUGCUCGAGUUUCCUUCACGACUCGUCAUUUUGCUGAGAAGGCAUUUUUGCACGGCAAAUCCUGGCAAGGUCACAAGUUACAGUUUACAUGGUCCAAAUCUGUUAUUUCUGGCAAAGGAAGUGGUGGCUCUGGGAAGGUCUCGGUUGCUUCUGAUGAGCGGUCGGAUGCUAAUGUUGAGGAUGGUGAGAUAAAUGCACCUGCCCAUUAUGAGAAAACUGCUGUGUUAGGUUCGCCAGAUGAAGUUGAAGAGUUGAAAGUAGAAGCUGACGUGGAAUCUGGUGAACAGGACAAAGACUUGAAAUUGAUUUCAGCCUCAUUGGAAUCUGGUGAACAGGACAAAGACUUGAAAUUGAUUUCAACCUCAUUGACUGAAGAAAACCAGCUCUCUUGA